AUGGAAAGUCAAAAAAAUAAUGGCGGAGAUGCUUUGACCAACUGGAUCAAUGUUGGUGAUGUGAAAAUCAAAUUUGUGAAGAAUUAUACGAAUUUGCCCUCGAUCAAGCUGAAGCAUGCCAUCCACUUCGCUGCUUGUACUUACUCCGGUCCUCUCGCACUGGCAUUUUCGAAUUCUGAAACGUCAUGGUUCAUUGAUAUUGUCAUGAGUGGAGGAAGGUAUUUGAAGCAGAAGCUUGAGGUACCGGACGUGUUUGCUAUGGAUUGGACCAAAGGACACCGACUUGUCGUCAUAGAUCGUCGAGGAAAUGCUUCGCUGUUCUCUGCAUUGGGAGAACGUGUGUCCGAGUUCCACUUUGGAAAUGGAGUCAGAGAGGUGCGUGAAGUACGAGUAUUUCCUACUGCACGUGAUUCGGGGAUAGCGAUCUUGGACGAUCAAGCGAGAAUAUUCGUGGUGAACUCUGUCAACGAACCAAUUGUUUGGAGUAUGCAGAACUCUGGGAGACAGUACCCUAACGCUUGGACGGUGCUGCAGCCGCGCUCACAGCUUACCCAAGUGAUUGUAGCUGUUGGGACACAGUUCUUCUCAGGAUGUCAAGGAGAACAGCUGAGUGUCGUGGAAACACCGUUUUCGGAAUCUGAUGGGCAAUAUGCGCGGAUGGCAGUAAGUGCUGAUCAUUCCAUGAUUGCACUAUACCACUCUUCCAGAGUAAUUCAGGUAGUGUCGGCGGAUUUAUCACGACAAAUAUCACGAAUUGUUGUGCCCGGUGAAGAGUCAAUUUUCCGCUUUGGUUGGGUUGGACAAGACGCACUAUUUCUUCAGAGAACUCCACUUUUUGUGCAAUUCUUCAGUAUUUUGGACGAGAAUGCCCACUACGAAUUUGCAGGUGAUGAGCGCGCUGUUCUGGGAGUAGCAUCGGCUUCAGAUGGUGCUUUACUGUACGAAGCGGCACAAUGGCUGAACACCAACAAAAGCCAUCAGUCAUACGAGUACGCUAUGCAGAUUCGUGAUCUAUCGCUGGCUAUUGAGCAGUGCAUCUCCACGGCGUCAUCAGCGUGGUCCCCGGAACUACAGAAGGCUUUAUUAAAGGCUGCCCAUUUUGGUAUGGCCUUCUCUAAUGGCUAUGACUCUAACCGGUUUGCUCGAUUCCUUCGAGAGCUGAGGGUUCUAAAUGAAGUACAUCGUGGACGGAUAGGCAUGCCUAUCACUUACUCCCACUUGCAAACCAAGUUCACAGAGAUUGGUGUCGAAUCCGAUGGAAUCAAACUCUACACGGAAGGAGCAAUGGAGUUCGUGAGCACAGUGUCUCGUGAUGAGCGCGCUGUUCUGGGAGUAGCAUCGGCUUCAGAUGGUGCUUUACUGUACGAAGCGGCACAAUGGCUGAACACCAACAAAAGCCAUCAGUCAUACGAGUACGCUAUGCAGAUUCGUGAUCUAUCGCUGGCUAUUGAGCAGUGCAUCUCCACGGCGUCAUCAGCGUGGUCCCCGGAACUACAGAAGGCUUUAUUAAAGGCUGCCCAUUUUGGUAUGGCCUUCUCUAAUGGCUAUGACUCUAACCGGUUUGCUCGAUUCCUUCGAGAGCUGAGGGUUCUAAAUGAAGUACAUCGUGGACGGAUAGGCAUGCCUAUCACUUACUCCCAAUUUCAAGAACUAGGAGAGUCUUGCUUAAUUAAUCGUCUGAUUGACAUUGGUGCUUAUGGACUGACGGCAGAAAUAUGUUCAUGGUUAAAGAGAGAUCAACAAGAGGGAAUCGACCGCGUCUUACUAGAAUGGGUGCGACGAACAAUCAAUAAAGCGGCGUCCUCAUCAAAUAUAUCUGAACUCAAUAUGCAGGCGUUGGAUGAGAAAAUCGCCAAGAAACUGAUGUGUUAUCCCCAUAUGCGGCUAAGACGUUGCGAUUGCGAUGCCAAACACAUUCUCGGAAGUUGGCGCGGCUCGAUGCUUGAUCGCACAAGGGAGAAAGAUGACUCGAAGCAGGUUCAAGUGUUGUUGCAACUAGGCGAUAUUCAAGAGGCUUUGACUCGAGCAGCAGCAGCACAACGCCCGCAGUUGAUGCACCAAGUUGUACGGCACCUCAUGAAAGGACAAAAGCGAGCCGAGUACGAGCUGGCCAUCCGUAAAAUACCACUUACCUCUUAUACUGCGAAGAAAAGUGAUGUGGAUCCGGUAAAAUGA